AUGGCUUCCUCGGGCACCAAAUCGGAGGCACGGAAGCGGAAGCGGGUGGAGGUACCCUCCGCUGAACCCACGAAAUCGCUGUUGCCGCAACAUGCCGGCCUAGAGAUGCUCAGCGACGAGGAAGAGGACCAGGCAGGCUCGGAUUCUGAUGGGAGCGUCGAGGAGUUCCCUGAACUUGUUACGGAGAGCGAAGACGAGGAUGACGAAGAGGACGGGGACGAUCAGGAUGAAGAGGACGACGAGGACGACGAGGACGACGAGGACGAUCAGGACCAGGACGACGAGGAUUCCGGGACAGCAGUCUCUGAGGACGACGAUGCCGACUCUCUACGCGUCUUUCCAAAAUCAAAAGUAAUCGUGUCCGAUAUAACCGGUCAACCGAAACGUAUCUAUCCCGACAUUGAGCCAGACUACGACUCCGACUCGUCUACGGAGGAUGACCCCAAUCGUGUCGGCAAGAUACCCAUGCACUGGUACGAUGACAUGCCGCACAUUGGCUAUGACAUGAACGGAAAGAAAGUGUUCCGGCCAGCUCGAGGGGAUGAACUAGACAAGUUCCUGGAGACGGUCGAAGACCCAACUGCUUGGACUUCCGCGUUUGAUAAGAAAGCCCAGACGGACAAACCCUUGACUUCCGAGGAGCUGGACAUCAUAAGACGGCUUCAGCAGGGCGAAAACCCUGACGGAGACUACAAUCCCUACGAGCCCACUGUCGAAUGGUUCACAGGAAAGGGUAAAGAGGAAAUAAUGCCGUUAUCAGCUGCCCCUGAGCCGAAGCGCAGAUGGGUGCGCAGUAAAUGGGAAAAACAGAAGAUCAUGAAAAUCGUCCGAGCCAUUCGUCAAGGACGUAUUGUACCUUCGAAGCCCAAGACUGCCGACAACAAACCGCAAUUCUACGCCAUCUGGAACGAGACAACUGACUCCGCCGCCCCACCGCCGCUCCCCGCCCCGAAACCCAGCUUACCCACCCAUGCCGAAUCUUACAACCCCCCGGAGGAGUACCUACCUACCGAUGCCGAGCGGGCCGAGUGGGAGAACACGGACAAGGAGGACCGCGAGCGCGAUUUCCUGCCUCAGAAAUAUGGUGCGCUGCGUCUCGUACCCGGAUACGACCGGUUCAUCCAGGAGCGCUUCAACCGUCAGCUGGAUCUCUACCUCGCACCACGGAUACAGAGGAAGAAGCUGCAGAUCGAUCCGGAGAGUCUCGUGCCCAAGCUGCCCAGUCCGAACAGCUUGAAGCCCUUCCCUAACUAUCGUGCCCUGCGGGUAUCUCAUCAGGGCGUCCGAACAAGAGCUGUCAGCGUUAGCCCCGAUGGCGCGUGGGUUGUCAGUGGGGACGAAAGCGGCGUAGUGAGCCUGUUCGAGGUCAUCGUUGGUCGGGAGGUCAAGCGAUGGAAAUUUGCAGGGAAGAUCGGCGCCCUGGAGUGGUGUCCACGGACCGAUGUGUCCUUCUUCGUAGUAGGCCUAGAGGACACACUAGAGUUCGUCAUACCACCAAACCUGCCAGCGGCUCUCCUGGAAACGACGAAAACACUGCUGGCACCGGCCACCUUACCGAGCGCCGGCGAUACCCCGUCUCCGGUCAAGUGGACAUCCACCGCGGCGUCUGUGCAUACCGUCGAGAAGCCCAUCUUGACUGUCCAGCUACCGGCCUCUUCAGGUGUGUGUCGACAGAUUACAUGGCAUCGACGAGGGGACUACCUUGCCACCGUCUCAAGCACGGAACAGCAAGCAAGUGUAUGGAUACACCAGCUUUCGCGGAGACAUUCGCAGGCGCCGUUCAAGAAGGUCCGGGGCAUCGUACAAGCGGUUCUUUUCCAUCCCACCAAACCAAACUUCUUCGUAGCGACGCAGAGAUACGUGCGGCUGUACAAUCUCGCUGAGCAGAAAUUGGUCAAGACCCUACAGCCGGGCAUACGUUGGAUAUCCUCCAUGGACGUUCACCCAUCGGGAGACCAUCUCAUUGUAGGAGGCUACGACCGCAAGCUCUGCUGGUUUGAUCUGGAGCUCAGCGAAAAGCCUUACAAGGUGCUGAGGUACCAUUCGCGCGCCUUGCGAUCCCUACACUUCCAUCCGACAUAUCCGUUAUUCGCAUCUGCAUCCGACGAUGGCUCAAUACAAGUCUUCCAUGCGCGGGUAUAUAACGAUUUGAUGACAGAUCCUCUCAUUGUCCCUCUCAAAAUUUUGCGUGGUCAUGACAUCAAAGAGGGGCUGGGUGUCCUACAGAUAAAAUGGUGUGCCCGGCAACCCUGGCUUGUGAGCGCUGGCGCGGACGGACACGUUAACGUAUGGUGUCAUUGAGAAGUGGGACUAGGACCUGGCUGUACUAGCUUAUGAUGCUCUU